GGAGCGGGCGGCGGGGACGCGCACAGCCUGCAGGCGGCGAGUACGAGCGCGCGGGGCCGCGGGCGGCGGCGGGUGGUGGCCUCGCCCACUGAGGAGGCCUGGCGCGCCUGGCGUCCUCUUUCCGGCGCCUUAGCCGCCUGUUUUCCAGGUUCGGUGGGCGGUGCGGGGCCUCAGCUGGGCGGGCCUCCCGCGUUUCUGGACGCUGGGCCCUCACCCUUCGUCCUCAAGCCUGCGAGGCCCAGCUGAGCUUCGCCUCAGGGCCGCUGAAGGGCUCCGGCUACGCUCACGCAGAGUGUGACUUGGGUGACCUGCAUCUCUCCCAGGCGGUGAAAGCAUGAAAAACACCCACCCCCCAGGUUCUGCACAGGCCCUUGCAGGCAAGUGAAUGGAGAUGGAGAAGUUUUGAUGUUCGUUUCUGCUAUGUACAGAUUCCCUAGGUGUGGGAAAAUCACUGAAUGGCUGACUUUUGACAACAUGCACCACCAGUGGCUUCUGUUGGCCGCAUGCUUUUGGGUGAUUUUCAUGUUCAUGGUGGCCAGUAAAUUCAUCACCUUGACCUUUAAAGACCCGGAUGGUAGCCUACAGCGUCAAGCAGGAGUUCCUGUUGCUGACAGCCAUGCCGGAUACAGGGAAGCUACAGGGAGAGAAGCAGUUUCCCGAGGAACUGAAGCCUACUGGGAAGAUGCUUUCAGACAGGCAGCUUGUUCAGCCCUUGGUCUAUAUGGAGCGCCUGGAGCUCAUCCGAAAUGUCUGCAGGGAUGAGGCCCUGAAGAACCUCUCACACACUGCAGUGUCCAAAUUCGUCCUGGACCGAAUAUUUGUCUGUGACAAGCACAAGAUCCUUUUCUGCCAGACUCCCAAAGUAGGCAACACCCAGUGGAAGAAAGUGCUGAUCGUGUUAAAUGGAGCCUUUCCUUCCAUUGAAGAGAUCCCUGAGAACGUGGUUCACGACCAUGAAAAGAACGGCCUCCCUCGUCUUUCCUCCUUCAGCAACACAGAAAUUCAGAAGCGCUUGAAAACCUACUUCAAAUUUUUUAUUGUAAGAGAUCCCUUCGAAAGACUGAUUUCUGCUUUUAAGGAUAAAUUUGUUCACAAUCCCCGCUUUGAGCCUUGGUACAGGCAUGAGAUUGCCCCUGGCAUCAUCAGGAAAUACAGGAAGAACCGGACAGAGACCCGGGGGAUCCAGUUUGAAGAUUUUGUGCGCUACCUGGGCGAUCCAAACCACAGAUGGCUGGACCUUCAGUUUGGGGACCACAUUAUUCACUGGGUGACGUAUGUAGAACUGUGUGCGCCCUGCGAGAUAACAUACAGUGUGAUUGGCCACCAUGAGACCCUGGAGGAUGACGCCCCUUACAUCUUAAGGGAGGCCGGCAUAGACCACCUGGUGUCAUACCCCACCAUCCCUCCGGGCAUCACCGUGUAUAACAGAACCAAGGUGGAGCGCUACUUUCUGGGCAUCAGCAAACGGGACAUCCGCCGCCUGUAUGCCCGUUUCCAAGGGGACUUUAAGCUCUUUGGGUAUCAAAAGCCAGAUUUUUUGCUAAACUAAUGUGUAGGACUGUGAAUUCAGAUACCCUUGUUAGACCAGAGGCUCAGCAGAUGGAGACCUAAGCACAGGAAUGAUGCUUCCUCCAUCACCCUCCUGAAGACGCCCGAGUCGGCAGUGGGCCACGGGUGCCUCGGCCGAUAAAGCUGCACCCUGACCGUGACGGCGCAGUUUGAACAUCAGGUGCCCUUAGCGCCUUCGUCCCCUACCCCCGACCAAUGCCAGUAGGUCUUUGCUGUCCUUAGGGAAAAGAACUAAACACUUACAGUCUAAAGACCAGGAGGAAAAAUUAUAUGACAGUAGGAGUCAUUUCCCUCAGCUGUCAAGGAGGCGGGUACACUGCAGCUCCCCUGGAUGGUGGAGAUCCCCUAGACGGGGAUCAUAGGAGUAGCACACAGCACUUUCAGGGGACCUGAAAAGAUUGUGGCAUGCAGAAAUUACAGGGGCUAAUACAGGCCCAAAUCUGCAUAAUAAAAUUAUACCCCUGGCCUUCAUCUUGGCGCUGCUAUAAUCAUAAACCAUUCUUUCCAUGACUGUCUUGUUCCUGUGACAUUCAGGGGUGACCCAAGAGCACUUUUCGGCAGCCUGUCUUUUCAGAAUCCAUGCCUGUGUGCUACCAGUCCAUAUUUCUGAGCCUCUGCCAGCCAAAGGAUUAUCUCAUUCAGCCCAAGAAAUAUAAUUUUGGAAAGUGACGGGACUGGAGUGUAUAUUCUUUCCACCUGAGAAAGCGAACAUCUUUGGGGGCCUUAAAGUGGCACGGGCAAAGGAAGAGCUGGCUGGGUUCUGGAGCUCAGGCUGCUGUGGACUGGGGCGUGCCCAUCCUGACUGUUGUCCCUCUUUGUCUUUGUCCCGUCUGGAUGGGCAAUGGGGACUUCUCUUCCUUUCUCCUCCAGGGCCCUCCCCUGGGGCUGAAGGCCAGCAGGGCAGCAUUGCAGUCAGUGCAAUUGACUCAUUUGGUUCUCUUCUCACCCAUCUGCUCACCACUGGACCUGUUUUUGAUGGUGCCAUCACCCUGGACUCUGAGUUGGAUAGUGAGGUUCACCAGCAAUAAAAUCCUGGGCUGAGGCAGCCUCCAAUAAUACAUCUUCCCGGCACUGAGGAGCGAGCCACGGCCACUCUGUCAGGUGCCUUCUGACCCUGAGCGCCCUUGAGAUACGGGAUUGUUUCCUUGUGAAAAGUCCCAAGUGCCCAUGAGCCAAGCUAUUCUUCUAGGCAACCUCAACCUUCCUUUUCUCAGAAGGGCUGCCUGAGUCUGUAAAUGUGAAAGUAAAUUAAAAUAAAAAAAUAUGUCUAAACCUGA